GAGAAUCACGUCGAUUUCAGUGUGCGCCUUGACCACUAUGGCUAUACAACCGGUCCCUAUGUUUGAGACACCAAGUCGAAGUUCACGGCAGGUGCCCAUCAAUUCCCUGGACCGGCGGGACGCGCAGUUCAAGGAAGCUUUGGAAAAUGAGGUGAACAUCAUGAAAGCCCUGCAGCAUCCGCACAUCGUGGCGUACCUGGGGCACGACUACAUGGACGAAUGCCUCUUCUUGUACCUGGAGCAUUUGCCGGGGGGCAGCAUCACUCAGGCGCUGAACGAGUUUGGGCCCUUUGAUGAGAGCCUCAUGGCCUCCUACGCGCGGCAGGCUUUGGAAGGGCUGGAGUACUUGCACACGUGCGAGCCGGCGGUGAUCCAUAGGGACAUUAAGGGGAGCAAUAUCCUCAUAGGCGACGGCGACACUGUGAAGCUGGCGGACUUCGGGUGCUCCAAGCGCACGGAUGAGACACUCACGCACACGAUGCGAGGCUCCAUCCCAUGGAUGGCGCCGGAGGUCUUGGCCCAUGCGCGCUACGGCCGCGCAGCCGACCUCUGGAGCUUCGGCUGUGUGGUCAUCGAAAUGGGCACGGCCAACAUUCCAUGGGGGCGCUUCGAGCAUCACAUGGCCGCCUUGGUGAAGAUCGGUUUGUCGCAGGAGACGCCUCCGCUGCCAGAGCAGGUGAGCCUCCAGUGCAAGGACUUCAUCUCCAGCUGUGUGCGCCGAAACCCAGACGAGCGCCUGACUGCCACGGAGUUGCUCCAUCAUGAGUGGCUCGCCAUGGUGAUGGAUGCAUGGGAAGAUCCGUGAGGACACCGCCGUUCCCAGAGUCGCAGUGAGCGAUGAGCUGGGAGAGGCGGAUAGAGAGAGGUAGGUGCAGCUGAGUGGCAGCGAAAGCUCGACUCAACUUGCCCAUUUUCCACUGGCCAUGUUGGGG